UUGUACGGAGAAAGAAAUUAAAGGAAUGCGACAAAGAAGUUCCUAGAAUCCUCUUUCUCUGGCCUUUUUUUUUGCCUUUUUCUUUCUUGGAUUCCCUCUCCAGUUUCAGAUGCAUUACACCAUGAACGGUGAUCCCGAGACGGAGAUGAUGGAUACGGACUCCGCCGAGACGUUUAUCCUCGACAAACCAGGCACCGCCAGAGAUUUCCUCUCCGCCGCUCGGAGGCUCGUCGAUCAAGGAGAGCCAUCACAAGCUCUUCAAGCGGUCGUGAUGGCGAUGAGAACCCAAGGAGGAGAUGAGGCAGUACUUCAGAUUCUGAACCGUACCCGUGAACUUUACAAGCGUAGAAUCCAAGAAACAGCUAGUAUGGAUCAGCUGGCUUCUAUAUUUGCAGAGUGUGCCAUUACAGAAGCACAGCCUCUUGGGCAUGAGCCAACAUCAAAAGGCUUAUUUGGUACCAAAGAAUCAGUUGCAGCAGAUGCUCACGGCAUAUCUAUCCUGGAAAAAAGCGGGAGGUCACAGAUCAUGCUCGAUGCCUUUGCUGACGGAAGCAGCUUUAUCUGUCUGCAAUGCGGUGGUCUGGUGAGCAUCCAUAGGAAAGAUGAACACUAUGCGUACUGGUGUAGCAAUAUGUAAUGCAAGGAUGUUAUUUUGUUGGCCAGCAUAUUGCGUUUGCUGUUAAUUGUUGUUGAUCUUUGAAUGCAAUGGGAGAGAUACAUAUAACGCCUAAAAAUUGCCUUAACCCUUUACAUGUAAUGCGUGUGUCUUGUGCUCAGUAAUAAACGCUUGAAGAAAGGACAUUGUAUCUGUCACAACUUCGGAUCAGGUUAA